UGUCCUGGGUGUCUUUUUAAAAAUGUGGGACAGUAGAAGUCACUAAUCCUUAAGUCCUGAUAAAGGUACAAUUAAACAUCCUUUAUCUGUACGCCAAGAGUAAGUUUUUAAGUUGGGAGCCGCCACUAUGUGAAAUGCAGGUGUUGUGGUGGAGGGGAACUCAUUAGCUCCCUUCCUCUUCUUCGCUGUUCACGUAAGUGCUGAAGCAUUUUUACCUGAAUGAGAAAGAACCUCAGAUUUCUGGCAGUUUAGAAGAACCCUCAAGAGUGGCACUUAUUUCUACUUCUCUGGAGAAUGAGAACACUAGUCCAGAUUAAGAACCUUCCUUUUCAGUAUUCAUGGCAUCUGGUUUUAUCAAAAUUUUCAUUGAUUGGACAUUGGUUAAAAACCCUGAGCAGUAGAUGGUGCACCUGAUUAGGAGGUGCUCUUACUGCCCUGAGCUUGUUUUUAUGUUAAAUCCUAACUUAGGCAAAAUAGAAGUCUCUUAGUUAUAGAGUAAGUUUAAAACAUUUAUCUCUGUUCUUAUGGACGGUGAUGGGUUUUCGUAUUCCCUCAGGCAACAGUUGUGGUAGCAAAACUAUUCAGAAGAGUGAGGCUGUUGGGGAAGACGGAGUUUGUUAUAUUGUAUUUAUAUACUGUUUCCUUUUUUUAAAAAAGUUUCAUUUAUUCGAAAGAGUUAACAGAGAGAAAAGAGGGAAAAGACUAGUUUACUCCCCAAAUGGCCACUACAGCUGGGGCCAGGAGCUGGGAGCUUCUUCCAGGUGGCCCACAUGGGUGCAGGGGCCCAAAAUCGUGCAAUCUUCCUGUGCUUUCCCAGGCCAUUAGUAGAGAGCUGGUUUGGAAUGCCUACAGGCAAUGGCUUAACCCACUAGGCCACAACUCCAGCCCCAUACUGUUUCCUUUUACCUUCUGGUUCCAUCCUCAUCUAAUCCUUUACUACAUUCUCACACACCCUACUCCCCUGAUUCUCAAUUCUGGCUGAAAGAACUACAAGUGGUACUUUUAAAAAAUAACAAUAAUGCAGACACCCCAUUCCAGAUACACAGUGAAUCAAAGCCUCUGUGAGCCAUGCCUAGACACGUUUUCUUUUGUCUUAUGAGCCUUUUUAAGAUUGAUUUAUUUACUUGAAAGGCAGAGAAAAAAAAAAGCAUGAGAAAGAGAGAGAGAACUUCCAUCCACUUUUUCACUCCCCCAAAUGGCAAUAACAAACAGGACUGGGUCAGGCAGAAGCCAGGAGAACUCCAUUCAGGUGUUCCUUGUGGGUGGCAGCGGCCCAAGCACUUAAACCUUCUGAUUUCCUAAGUAUAUUAGCUGGGAGCGGGAUUAGAACAAGAGCAGCAGGGAUUAGAACCAAUGCCCAUACAGGAUGCCAGCACUGAAGACAGUAGUUUAUCCUGCUGUUCCACAAUGCUGGCCCCCAUCUUUUUUGUAUUAACCUCUACAGAUGUUUCAGAUGCAUAGGUUUGAAAAAUAAAUCUCCUAUUCCUGAGCCACAUAAAGGCUGUUCUGUGGAUAGGCCACAUGAUUUUAUCCUUUACAUUUGCUUGUACUUAGACACCCCCCUUCUCUUUAUAUGGAACCUUUAUCUAUAUGGAACCUUCCUUGAAUCCCCAUCCCUCAACAAGAAAAAUUAAUGACUUCUUCAUUAGCAUUUUGUUCCUGUGCAAAAAUCCCUAUCACACAUGCUAUCUGGAUCCAUAGCCAACCAGUAAAUUGAAAAUGUUGGUUAAACAUUGAAUUGUACACUUUAGAAGAAUUAGAAACUAAAGUAAUGCUUUGUUUUUAACAGAAAAGGAAAAGCCAGUUAAGCCAGAUUAUUGUUUAAAAAGUAAGAAAAAUACCUUAAACUUUUAACUGUAGCCUAAAACAAUUAUAUACUUGUUCCCAAUCUCUUGAGAAAGGCCAAGCCCUUUUCUUUGUGUGUGGUCUGCUGCUUGUAGUUCUGCAUUUUAUGUCUUACAUAACCAGUACUUCAUACUAUAGGGAAAGAUUUCACAACAUUUUGACCCUGUAAAAGGAAAGUAACUUCAAGGCACUUAUAAAGUAAUCUGAAUGCAUGUUUAUUCUUUAUAAUGUUUUAUAGUUAUCUCACACACAUUUGUUUUACACUAAACAUAGAAUUUAAAGAAACAAACUUCAUAGUAUUUUAUUGAUUAUAUAACAUUUAACUAAGUUAUGAAAACACAGUAUGAAGUACAACUGGAAUGAACAGGUUUGGAAACAAACACAAAGAACUCAUGGCAAGAUGGAAUGGUUCAACUAGUAGAAGCAGAAAUAAGCAGACAUACUAGAGAAGAGUUUCCUAAUCAUGAGCAUUUAGCAUAUGGGGAUUAGCUCCAUAUGACUUAUAAAGGAAAUAGAGUGAGUUAAUGUUAGAGAUCAAGUGUGUGUAGGUUAAGAAAGCAUCAACUCUAUCUCUCCUUUUUAAUUAUUUUAUUAUGUGUCUUUCUCCCUCGUAGACUUGGAGCAUUUUGAGGGGAGAGAUAGAGCCUGGCUGUUCAGGGGAACUACUGGGGAAAUCCCCAGACAUUCUUACAACACCAUGUAAAUUUUCUCUUGAGAACAAGUGGAAUUUAAAAAGCUGUGAACAGUUGUUUUUAAGCUAUUUUCACUAAAAUUUAUGGGUCUUUCCAGAAAAGGCCAUGUAACAGAUGCAAAUUUCAUUAUCAAAAGCUUGUAUUAGUUCCUAAGGCUGCCAUGGCAAAUUACUAACAACUGGGUGGUUUAAAGUAAUGAAAACUUAUUCUCUCACAGUUAUGGAGGCCAAUUAUAUGUUAGCAUAUUUUCAGGACCUUGCACCCUUUAAAGCUCUCCUUGCCUUUUCCAUCUUCUAGUGGCUCCAGAUGUUCCUUAGUUAGUGGCUCCAUGACUUGGGCCUCCUCUGCGUUUGUCUUCACAUUGUCUUCUUCCCUGUGUAUGUUGAGUAUCAGAAUCCCUCUCUACCUUUCUCUUAUAAGGACACCUGUAUGGAAAUAAAACAAACCAAAUGAGGAUAAGCAAGGGAUAUUUAUUCAGAGCUUAUAUGGUGGUGAGCCAUAUAAGCCAAAUACACCAUCAAGUGUAUUUGGGAUGGCUGGCACUGCGGCUCACUAAACUAAUCCUCCACCUGCAGCGCCAGCACCCCAGGUUCUAGUCCUAGUUGGGGCGCUGGAUUCUGUCCCAGUUGCUCCUCUUCCAGUCCAGCUCUCUGCUGUGGCCCAGGAGUGCAGUGGAGGAUGGCCCAGGUCCUUGGGCCCUGCACCCACAUGGGAGACCAGGAAGAAGCACGUGGCUCAUGGCUUCAGAUAGAUGCAACACACCGGCCACAAUGCGCUGGCUGUAGCGGCCACUUGGAGGGUGAACUGGCGGAAAAAGGAAGACCUUUCUCUCUGUGUUUCUCUCUCUCACUGUCUGACUCUGCUUGUCAAAAAAAAAAAAAAAAAAAAAUAGUGUAUUUGGCAGAGUUCAAAGGCAGGUAGAAGAAUGGGUAUGCCCUUGUUGGAGGCUGUUGUUAUGGCACAGCUGCUGGCAGACUAAUUAGAUAUUAGGCUAUCCUUUGUGGUUAGGGGCAUAUUUUGUUCCAAAUUCAAAGUAGAAACAAAAAUUAGAAAAGAUGUCAAUUAUUAGUCAAGUACUGCCUAAGGUUAACUUUCUGGAUUGUUACUAGAUAAUAGACUUUUUUAUAAGUGAUUUGUAGAUAGCAGCCCUGGCUUCUUAAACUGGUUACUGUAGCUAAUAGGUUGGUUUCUUGUGUUGGUUGCUGCAGAUUGUGGAUCAAAUUUCUACAUAUAUUUAAAGAUUUAUUUAUUUAUUUAAGAGAGGGAGAAAGAGAAUCUUCCAUCUGCUAGUUCAUUCUCUGAAAUGGCUAAAACAACAGCCAGGCCUGGACCAGGUGGAAGCCAGGAUCUGGGAACUAUCUAGUCUUACACAUUUGCAGCAGGGGCUCAAAUACUUGGACUAUCCUCCAUUGCCUUCCCAGGCAUAUUAGCUGGAAGCUGAAUCAGAAGCAGAGGAGCUAGAACUGAAACUGCACUCUGAUAUAGUAUGUGAGCAUUGCAAGCAGAGGCUUAACCUGGUGUGCACAAUGCUGGUCUCCAGAGUUCAAUUUUUAUAUAUGAUCUGGUCAUUGCGUAUUCAGUCUCUCACCUGCCAUUGAAUUUAGGGAGCACCUUAAAUCCAGUAUUAUCUCAUUUCAAGAUCUCCGGUUAUAUCUACAAAGAUCUUUUUGCAAAUAAGACCACACUUACAUGUUCUGGGAGUUAGAACAUGGACAUAUCUUUUGGGGGCUCUUCUUUAGUUUACUACAAUGCUCUCUUAAUUUUGGAACCAUUCUUGUUUAGCAGAGGAAAAUGGCCUUGUCCCUUACUGUCCUAAAUAUGAAAAGUAUAUAGAUUAUGAGUAGAUUUCACCAAAGGCCUAUAAUUUCUGUCCUGGUGGUAGGAGACUUUGGGAAACAUUUGUCUAGGCAUCCUUUAAAGCUUCCAAAAUAAGAUAUUUUAAUAGUCUAGCAGUGUCUAUAUAUUCAGAGAAAUUCCACUGUUGGGAGAAAACCAGAGGCAAUGUGGAGAAUGUGUGAAUGUUGCCAAUAUUAUCUUGGAUAAGCAGUUAAUGAACAGUACCAAACCCUGUGCUUGCUUUCUGUUUUCAGUGUCUGAAACUUGAAUCUCAUUACCUGGGCAGACAAGAGAGUAAUCCUUCAUUUUGGCAGAUUCUAAGAUAUUGAUAUAUAAUAUGUAUAUAAUAACUUUAGUAAUUCAACUAAUAAAUAUGUUUUGGAUGAUUGAUAAUGUUAUGACUUCUCUUAGAUAUAGUUGAAAAGGCUUGGAGUAUUCUCUAAAGUCUGUUUGUAUUGAUUUAUGCAAUUCUAAUGAAUUAUCAGUAGAUGGCAGUAGAUUAUUUUCAGUUUUAUUUAUCACUUCGAUUCAACAGAGAUCUGCAAGAAAAAAAAAAGCAAAAGCAAACCUAAAACUUUCCAAUUUUAUAAGACUUAUUAUUUCUUCAAUAGUUGUUUUAGGUAAAUAUCACCCAAGAAUUCUUCAGUGUUACUGCAGAAAUAGAGAUCAAGAAGUACCAGAUACUUUUAAUUGUACAAGUCUAAUUUUCUUCAUUCUUGAAAUUAAUCCAUUAAAUAUUUUAAGGAGCACAAAAAUGAGUAAGGUACCAUCUUGGCCUUCCUGGAGUUUAUAGUCUAAUGGAGAAAGAACAAAAUAAUAAGAAUAGAAAUUUGUUGAGUAUUACUGUGUGGCAGGAACUUGCUUAAUGUUUACCAUGCAUUACUUUUAGGCCUCACAAUAACCAUAAUAAGGCAAGUAAUACUGUUGUUUCUAAUUUACAGAUAAGCAAUGAGGUCCAGGUUAGAAAUAAUUUACCUAAUAAACUAGUAAAUGGCACAACUUAGAUUCAAAACUAGCCCUAUCAUUCUCUAAGACUUACACUGUUAUCUGUCAUGGUAUAACAGAGAUAUAGAAACAGUUGUACUAAAAAGAGAGAUCACAUUUUCCAGAAAUAUCAAAAAAAAAAAAAGGACUUCUUAACAAAAACGCCAAUUAGAAUGAAGUUGAAAGAUUGGCUGUGGUGCCAUGGAUUAAACCAACACCUGCAGUACCAGUAUCCCAUAUGGACACUGGUUUGUGUCCCAGAUGCUCCACUUGUGAUCAAGCUCCCUGCUAAUGCUCCUGAGAAAGAAGUAGAAGAUGGCCCAAGUGCUUGCACCCUGUGGGAGACCUAGAUACAGCUGCUGUUUCUUGGCUUUAGUGUGGCCCAAGCCUAUCCAUUGCAGGCAUUAGGGGAGAGAACUAAUAUAUCUCUCACUUUCCUCUCCCUCUUUCUCUAACUCUGCCUUUCAAAUAAAUAAAUAAAUCUUCAAAAAAAAAAAAAAAAAGAUUGGCUGUAUUGUUGACAUUAUUCUGUUAGAACAGGGUGAAUUGGAAUGGAGGUAGACCACAGUUAGGCACUUCUUACAUGCUAAGCACUUUUUUUAGAUUUAUUUAUUUAUUUAUUUGAAAUGCCAAGCUCCUCUACUUCUCAUUGAUCCAACUCCUUACUAAAGUGCCUGGGAAAGCAGCGAAAGAUGGCCCAAGUGGUUGGGCCCUUGCCACCCAUGUGACAGACCCAGAAGAAGCUCUUGGCUCCUGGCUUUGAUCUGGCCCAGUGGAUCCUGGCUCUGCUGGUUCACUCCCAAACAUCUGGGAGCUUCAUCCAGAUCUCCCGCAUGGGUGCAGGGGCCCAAACACUUGGGCCAUCUUCCACUGCUUUCCCAGGUUAUCCGGUAGGGAGCUAGAAUGGAAGCAGAGCAGCCUGGACUCAAACCAGAGCCUCUAUGGGAUACUGGCAUUGCAGGCAGUGGCUUGACUCACUAGGCCACAGUGCUGGCCCCCUCAAAUAUAAUUUGAAGGUGGAAUCAAUGGAUUUUGCUAAAAGAAUUGUGUGCACCAUGUAAAGGGAAGAAAAGUUCAGAUUUGGGCUAUACAAGGCAAGAUUGUAAGACAAACAUCAAGAAAGGACCUAUAUAGGAAUGGCAGUAGUAAGAGUUUACGCUACUCAACCUGAAGUCCAAGACUGGUCAGAAUAUAUUGAAGUGCCUUCUGUGCCCAUUUUAUAUUUUUCUAUUGAAAACUGGAGCACUCAGCCCACCAUUGAAGAUUGGUCUGCACCUCCCAAUGGCUCAGGUCAUUGAAUGGGUAGGAACAACCACCAAGUGGUCUGAAAGCUGUUUUUCCAUAGGUCCCUUUUUAUUAAAAUUUAUUUAUUUAUUUGAAAGGCAGAGUUACAGAGAGGCAGAAGCAGAGAGAGAAAAAGGUCUUCCAUCCACUGGUUCACUCCCCAAAUGGCCACAAUAGCCAGAGCUGUGCCAAUCCGAAGCCAGGAACCAGGAGCUUCCUCGGGGUUUCCCACGUGGGUUCAGGGGCCCAAGGACUUGAUCCAUUUUCCACUGCUUUCCUGGGCUAUAGCAGAGAGCCCAAUCGGAAGUGGAAUAGCCAGGACUUGGGCCGGCGCCCAUAUAUGAUGCUGGCACUGCAAGUGUUGGCUUUACCUGCUAUGCCGCAGUGCUGGCUCCUCCAUGGGUUCUUAAGCAAAAUGGAAAUAAUCAUGAAAGAAAAUAAAUGCUAGUUUAAGAAAAUAUGAUAUUUUUAUAAAACAUACAUGACCAAUGGAACAGAAUAGAGUCCACAAGAAAAGUCACACAUCUACAGCUAGUUGAUCUUUGACAACAGUGCUAAGAAUAUGCCUUGAAGAAAGAACAUCUUUUUAAUAAAGAGAUCUGGGAAAAUGGGAUAUCCAAAUGCAAAAAAAUGACACUAACCCUCAUCACACCAAUCUCUACCCAUGUACAAAAAUCAACACAAAUGGAUUAUAAGCCUAAAUGUCAGGCCUGAAACUGAGAUUACUUAGAGGAAAUAGUAAAAAUGCUUCAGGAUAUUGAUAUGGGCAAGAUAAGCCCUCCAAAGCACUCAAAACAAAAGCAAAAAAUAGACCAAUGAUAUUUCAUCAAACCAAAUAGCUCUACACAACAAAGGAAAAAAUCAGCAAAGUUAGAAGAGAGCCCACAGAAUGAGAGAAAAUAUUUGCAAGCUAUAAAUCUGACAAGGGGUUAAUAACCAGAAUAUAAUGGAACUCAACUCAAUAGCAAAGAAGAAAAAAUAUAAAAGGAAAAUCCAAUCAAACAGACCUAAAGAGAUAUUUUUCAAAAGAAGACACACAAAUGGCCAACAUGUAUAUGAUAAAAAUACCCUCUAUCACUAAUCAGGGAAAUACAAAUCAAAGUCAUAAUGAGGUACCAACUCACUACAGUUAGAUUGACUUAUUAAAAGCAGAUAACAAGUUCUGUUGAGGAUGUCAAGAAAAGGGGGCCGGAGCCAUGGCUCACUAGGCUAAUCCGCCUGUAGCGCCUGCACCCCGGUUUCUAGUCCCGGUUGGGGCACCGAUUCUGUCCCGGUUGCUCCUCUUCCAGUCCAGCUCUCUGCUGUGGCCCGGGAGUGCAGUGGAGGAUGGCCCAAGUCCUUGGGCCCUGCACCCGCACUGGAGACCAGGAGGAAGCACCUGGCUCCUGGCUUCGGAUUGGCACAGCUCCCCCAAAAAUUAAAAAUAUAACUACAAUAUGGUCCAGCAGUCCCACUGUUGGAAGGGGCCAAACAAGUAAUGUACCCCCAAACUUAGCAGAAAUCCUGAGAAGAAAAAAUAAAGGAGGAUGCUCCAUCUGAAAAUAAGAGUGUAUUAGAGCAACUUACAUAUGGAAUUCUAGACCAAGGUAGCAGGUGAUUUCAGCAACAAUGCUUAUCUCACACACAACAGUUGAAGAGGCAAAGUUUGACCCUUUUACAUAUGAGGAGCUGAAGGUUGGAACUUGUGCUACAGCAUUUCUUUACUGAUCUUUAGGAAUAUAUCUUAGGCAUCUUGCUGAGCAUUUUGACUAUCAGUAAGGUUUGUGAUAACACUUUGAGGCUGGAAAGUGACACCAGUUAGGCUGACAGGUGGCCAGUCAUUAGCAUCCUAAGAGAGACUCAGUACAAUGUCAUCAUAAUUUGCUGUUACAUUCCCACUACAGAGUAUAUGAGUGUAUCCAAAGGAAAUUAAACCAGUCUGUUGAAGAAAAAUCUGCACUCCAAUGUUUAUUGUGACAUUAUUUACAGUAGCCAAGAAAUAGAAACAACCCAAGUGCCCAUCCACUGGUGAAUGGAUAAAGAAAACAUGGUACAUAUACACAAUGAAAUACUAUUCAGCCAUAAAAAAGGAUAAAUUCUUGUCAUUUCCAAAAACCUGGAUGAGACUUGAGAUCAUGUGUUAAAUGAAAUAAGCCAAGCACAGAAAGACAAGUGCUGCAUAAUUUCAUUCACAUGUACAAUCUAUGAAGUCAGAUUGCAUGGAAGUUGAAAGUAUAGUGGUAGCUACUAGAGAGUAGGAAAAAUAGGAAGAGGGAAAGUUUGAUUAACUUUCUAAAUUAUAGCUAGAUAGGAGAAAGUUACUGUAUUCUCUUGCACAGAAGGGUGACUAUAGGUAACAAUGCACUGUAUAUUUUUACAAGGAAAAAAGGCUAGAAGGAUUUUAAAUAUUUUUACCAUGAGGAAAUUAUAAAUAUUUGGAGAUAGAUAUGUUUACUGUGAUUUGAAAUUACACUAUAUAUAUAUACAUACACACAUAUAAUCUAAUCAUCAAACAGCACCUUGUAAUUAUGUACAAUUUUUAUGUAACCAUUAAAAAUAUUUUCAAAGAUUCUGGCUUGUGUCUUGGGUGGGACAAUCAGGGUUACAAUCUUCAGCCACCUACUUAUGGAGUAUCUUUAAGGAUUUUUAAAAAGGCCUCUGAAACAUCAGCAAUGGACUCUCCUUUAUGAAUGUCUUAGGCAAUUCCAGUUCAAUUAUUCUGGGUCCCAUACUCUUUAGAGACCUCUCUACUAAUGAAUCCAGGUUCUUGGCCUGAACAGUGAGAAAGAUUAACUAUUAUAAUUUACUGAGAUAGAGGAGGCUUUGAAGGCAUUACCUUAGUGGUAAUGAAGGUGUAUAGACAAGGGGAAACAGAGUUCAAGCUGAAAUAUGUUAGUCAAAAAGCCUUUUAGAAAUCCAUGUGAAGAUAUUGGCAAUGUCAUCUGGGUCUACUGUUUUAAGAAAGUUGUUUAGGAUGGAAUAUAAAUUUAGGUGUGUCAGCCUAUACAUGGAAUAUAAAGAUUUAGAACCUGAAUAACAUCACUUGUGGAAUGAGUAUAGAAAAGAAAGAAAUUUGAGAAAUGAGCUUUAAGACACUGAAACAUGAAUAAAAAAGAUGAGGAACGGUCAGCAAAAGAAACCGUGAAGUAUGGUGUUUCAUAAAAGGUGGUCAUGAUCAAAUGGUGUCAAAUGAUACUAGUAGAUCAAGUAAACUGAAGAUUGAACUUUUCCAUGAAUGUAGCAAUAAGCAGGUCAUAGACACUUUGAUAAGGACUUUAAAGGUUAAAUAAUGAAUGAUUGAUUCUAGGGAGUUCCAGAAUUAUAGGAGAGAACAAGCAUAGCAUGACUAAGGAAGUGGGAAGAAGUUGGUAAAUACCUGAAGGUGGAUAUAGUAACAAGCAAGGGUGGCACUAGUGGUUGUUGAUUUAUGAUGGGCCAUUCAAUAUCAUAUGUUUGACCAAGUAAAGAGAAAUUCUGUUGAGGGGACAUUAACUUAAGAAAUGUCCUUGAAUAGGUGAGAAAGGAGUAGAAAAAUUGUCCUUUGAUAGGAGCAGGGACAAUUUAUUCAUUGUGAGAAAAGGAUAUACUAGUGUAUAGUUCAAGUGUAGAAAAACUGGUGAUUGGGUUAUUUCCCAACCUGUUUCUUGCCCCCCCAUCUCAGUUAAAUAAGUAGUUAUGUUAUCAAUUGGAAGAAAAAGGAAAAGAGAUAUUGGAGGUUUGAAGAUAGAGGAAAAUGAAAGAAAUAAUCAAGUAUGAAUGGCAAAUUCUAAGGGCCUAGGAUCAAGGAUCAACUUUACAUAAAUGACCUUGAAUUUAAAGUGAGACAACAGUGCAGUUGUAUGUCUUUCUUUACACACAUUCAGCUAAUUGAGUGUAAAUGAAGCAACUGGUUGGAGAUUUUUUCCAGGGAAGUAGGACAGGGAAAGAGCCAUAAUGAAUAGAAGGUAUGUACAAAUUCCAGGUAAGGAGAGAUGGAUGCAUGAGGACCUGGGGGAUCAUAUAAAGACAGAAAUGUCAGUGGAUUGAAAGACUUGAUGUGACUAAAUCCUUAUAGUCAAAAUACUAGGUGGAAUUAGCUAGAAAAUUAUAAGGUAGUUUGAUUCUGAGAUUAUGGAUAAGGUACAAAUAUUAUCUGGAGGUGGCUAUGGAGAAUGGACAAGAAGACACCAAAUAACUGAGAAGUCAAAGUAUUAGAUAUAUCAUCUAUGUGAUGUUGAGAUCUCAAAGAAAUAGAAGAGUAACUAUACAGAAACAGUAGGCCAUAUACAAUUGUCUAGGAAUGAAGAGGGGACAUCUAGAGGCUAGUUGGUAAUAAGGAAAGGUAAAAUAGCCAUGUAUGAUGGCAUGAACUUCAAAGAAACCAGACAAUUUUAGAGGAGGGGAAUAAUAGUCUUGGAGAACAGGAAAAAUGGCUCACCUCCAGACUUAGUGGCAUGAGGAUGAGUAAGCAGUGUCUUUGAAUUUUAGUCAAAGCAAAAAGGUUAAGUGAGAUUUUACUGAAGAGGUUGAAGAUGUAGGCCAUUUAGCUGAAGAUGGACCAUUAGGUUUAGAAGUCAUAAUGGAAUGAUAUAAAGAGGUUGGGGAGAAUAACAGUAAAUGAUUUACCAAGAUGUAUAAUGAGUAUUCAUGAUUGGGGAGGGGUGAUCUGAGAGGCUUCUUUUGAAGACUAAGGUCUAUAGGGGUAUAGAUUCAAAUACAGUUUUAGUUUCCUUCUAAAAUCUCUGACCAUUGUAUUUUAAUCUUUUGCACUAAUGGUGAAAUGUCAUUGCCAUUCCUGUGACAUAUUUGACAAUUAAUUUAGCUUUCUAUAUUACCUAUAUUUAAUGUGAAAAAAAGAAAAUGAAAGAGUAUUAAUAUACAUUAUUUUGUAGGAAAAAAAAAAAAACGGUUAACUGACGAAGGGGAAAGAGGAGAUUAUAGACUCAGAGAAUGUCAAGCGACAAAGAAAGGACGAGCCAAACAGUUCUUACAGAAGAUAUGGGUAAGCAAGACACAUCUUCAUUGACUUAUGUGGUAGAGCAAGUUGAAAAACAACAACAAUCACAAACCUCAGAAAUAGAGAAAAGCAAAAAAAUGCUGUUUAAUUUGCAGAAUGAACUUGAUGAGCUUGAAAAACAAAUAGCAGCAGUCUCUGCAGAAACUAAAAAAACAGAGAGGCAAAUUUAUCAGCAAGAUACUGCCAUAGAGAAUACCAAACUGCAGUGUAGAAGCCUGGAAGCUCAAAUCAAAUCCUUACAUGCAGAAAAUGUACAGCUUAAAUUUGACAUAGAAACAGCCCAGGAAGAUUUUGAGGAACGCAUGAUAAGAUAUAAUGCAUAUUAUGCAAAAAUAAAAGCACACCGAGAUAGUUUUGGAGAGAGAGAAAGCAAAUGCUCAUUUAUGACUGAACUACAUGAAAAACGAGAACUUGUUCAAAAGCUAAAAACAAUGAAAGAGGAACUUAUACAAGAUCUCCAAAAUCCAGAAGGAAACCGAAUAACGCAAGUUCAGGAAGACAUUACAAAGCUAAAGGAUAAAAUUUUAACUGUGAAAGAAUCUAUCAUAGAAAAAACUUGUUUUAUUGGGGAAGAGAAGAAGACACAUGAAAAAUUAAGAAAAGAAAUAGAGGUACAACAUAAGAGAUAUGAUGCAAUUCUUAAGCGUCUGCACUGUCAGGUGAACAAGCUUCAAUCAAAUAGAAGACAAUGGCAAUGGAACAUUCAACAACUUGAAAAAACUGCAGCUGAACUAAGAAAACGUGUUGGAAUGCAAGAAUAGCAUUGCCGGAGGACAAUGUAGAGCACAGACUAUGCCAACAAAAAUUAUGGGACAGAAUGUUGAUGAAAUCCUUUGAAUUUUAAACAACCAUCAUCCAUCAUCCAUCAGAGCCCAUCUUAAUGACAGAUAUAUUUUCUUAGUUUAAACCGAUUACCCAUUUAUUAAAGUACUCUCCAACCCUACAAUUGAUAGCAGUGGAUAGAAAAAGAAGAAUGCUUACAGAAGAAGAGUGGAAGAGUCUGAAUGAAUAUUUUGAAUGUAUGAGAUGUAAAAUGAGUUCCUGUUUAUAACCAUGUUGGAUUCACUACCCUAAGAAGUUAAAAAUAAAGAAGAAACACUUGAAUUUUCAAUGGCUCAAACUAAGAUAUUAAAAAUAGUUGUUUCAGA